AUGCGUGGAACAAGGAACAACCCUCAUAAGACUCGAAUUGGAGAUGGGAACGUAACUUCUGCUGAGACGGUCAUUUUGAAAGAUGAAGAACCAGAGACAACAGGAUCUGAGGAGCUGGCGCGCUACUUUAGAUUGAGCAAGCGCUUCGCAGCAUUGUCAAAGAGAACAACUUUGGUAGCUUUGGCUCCCGGCACAGGCAAAUCUACCUUGACUGUGCUGCUGAACGAGGCACUCGCAAGAAAAGUGGACCCGAUGCAGUUUAUCGAGCUCAGUAUCGCAAGAUUGCCCAAGUCAUUGCACUACACUGCCGAGACAUUGAGAGAGGUUCUGGGAUUUGGGCCUCCGGCAUUUCAGUACUUCGCAGAUGCCGAUGCAGUCUUUGAGUUGCCCGACCCGCAGUGGAAACCCCGUGUAGACAAGCUGCGGCAAAUCGUUGACACGGUAGGGCAGAUGCCUCCGGGAGCAUACGAGGAGAUAGUCUUGGACUUCUGGGAGCAGGUCCAGCCCGCCGAGCUUCCGCAGAUCCUGCUUAUGAACGACUACGGGUGUGAGAAGGCUCCAUGGUUCACGCUUAGGGCCAAACUGCCGCUCAAAGAAAUGGAAAGUCGAUGGAGAGGCCGACUUGCGCCAGACAUGUCUAAGGAUCAAGCAGAAAAUGCGGUUCGCCGCUGGCGUAGGGGGUGGUGCAACCUGUUCGGGAAGGUUCUCGGUUUUUCGGAGAUCGUAGAGGCCCUAGUUAGUUUGCUUGCGACGACCGACUGCCUCAAAGGACCACAAACUUACUGA